AGAGGUUUUGGUAUCUCAGCCGAAAUCUUUAAUCGCAUAUGCUCGAUCCUAAAAACUCUAUUCCCUCCUUCAACUAGAAUAAUAAUAUCCCUUCGGCAUCCAGCAUCUCCCCUUCCAUCGAAUUUACAUCUCCCGGCUCCAAAAUUUCCUCAAACAUGAACCCAUCAAUUUCUAUUAGUCUCUCCUCUCUACCCUUCUCUCCCGCCGCUCCUUCUUCCUCCUCCUCUUCUCGGAUCUCUUCUUCGGUUUCCUGCUCUUGUUCUCCUUCUGCAUCCUCAUUGUUCUUUGCGCCCAAAAGAAGGAAUCUUGGAUUAAAGCAGAGGGUUUUGGUUCGUGCGAGCACAAGGAUGGCCAUUGGAGAGGUCAAAGCAGAGGAAGAGGAGCCUCCGGUGAUCGAGGAGGACGCAGAGACCGGCUCUAAGCCUCGAAGAAUCGCUAUCUUUGUCGAGCCUUCUCCUUUUGCUUAUGUUUCUGGGUAUAAGAAUCGUUUCCAGAAUUUUAUCAAGAAUCUGCGGGAAAUGGGAGACGAGGUCAUAGUUGUGACGAACCAUGAAGGAGUACCUCAAGAGUUCCAUGGAGCUAAAAUAAUUGGAUCAUGGAGCUUCCCCUGCCCAUGGUAUCAGAAAGUGCCACUUUCACUUGCGCUUAGUCCAAGAAUAAUUGGAGAGGUAGCAAAAUUUAAGCCGGAUAUAAUCCAUGCUUCUUCACCUGGAAUCAUGGUGUUUGGUGCUCUUGCAAUUGCUAAAUUGCUUUGCGUCCCUCUAGUGAUGUCAUAUCACACCCAUGUUCCGAUAUACAUUCCGAGAUACACAUUCAGUUGGUUGGUAAAGCCCAUGUGGUUGAUCUUAAAAUUUCUUCACAGAGCUGCUGAUCUCACGCUAGUUCCUUCGGCAGCUAUCGGAAGGGAUCUUCAAGCUGCUCGUGUGACAUCAGCAAAUAGAAUACGCCUUUGGAACAAGGGUGUUGAUUCUGAUAACUUCCACCCCCGUUUUCGUAACCACGAGAUGCGCAUAAGGCUAAGUAAUGGAGAACCAGAAAAGCCAUUGCUAAUUCAUGUUGGGCGCUUGGGAGUUGAAAAGAGUUUGGAUUUCCUCAAAAGGGUUGUGGAUAGGUUGCCAGGGGUAAGGAUUGCUUUUGUAGGAGAUGGACCGUUCAGGAGUGAUCUGGAAGAGAUGUUUUCAGGCAUGCCUGCAGUAUUCACAGGAAUGCUACAAGGCGAGGAGCUCUCACAAGCUUAUGCCAGUGGCGACAUCUUCGUGAUGCCUUCGGAAUCCGAGACCCUCGGACUUGUUGUUCUGGAGGCCAUGUCCUCCGGAGUCCCUGUAGUCGCUGCUCGUGCAGGAGGAAUCCCCGACAUCAUCCCAGAGGAUCAAGAAGGAAAAACAAGCUUCCUCUUCUCACCCGGAGAUCUUGAUGACUGUGUUAGUAAGAUCCAGCGGUUGACAUCGAGCGAGGAGUUUAGGAUGGCUAUGGGGAAGGCAGCUAGGCAGGAGAUGGAGAAGUGCGAUUGGAAGGCGGCAACGAGGAAGAUAAGGAACGAGCAGUAUAAUGCGGCCAUAUGGUUUUGGAGAAAGAAGAGAGCGCACUUGCUGAGGCCUUUCCAGUGGAUUUCUAAGAGGAUUUUUCCCCCGCAGCCUAGAAUAACCUGUGUAUAAUUUUAUGUCUUAGGUUGUUGUGAAUUUGUGCAGUAUUAGAUAUUAUUUAUGUGUAUCAAUAGUCUGUUUCUUGCUGGUGUUAGCUGGUGUAGUUCUGCUAAUUGAAGCUUGAAGAGACUGGAAGGGGCUGUUGUUCAAUGAGA